CGGCGAUAUUACUACGAUGAGCCUCGACUUCCAACCGGUCCCCGUGCGACCACUGCACCUAGAGGCAAUGCUCAACCGACAUUCAAACGAGCCAAAGUCAGCAACAAAAACGUUAUGGAGGACGAAGAGGAAGAUAAAUGGCAGCCCGAAAUGCUGUUUAUGCGUCAUGUGGAUAUCAAGGGCCCUGUUUUCGAGCGAAUAAACCAAGUCGGAGAAGGAACCUAUGGAAAAGUGUACAAGGCGAAAAACAAAAUCACCGGGCAACUGGUAGCACUGAAACGUCUGCGACUCGAGUCUGAACGUGAGGGCUUUCCGAUCACUGCGAGCCGGGAGAUUGGCCUGUUGCAGUCUUUCGACCACCCAAACAUCGUUGGGCUGAGCGAGAUGAUGGUGGAAAAAAAUGCAGUCUACAUGGUUUUCACGUACAUGAACCACGAUUUGGCAGGUAUCCUACAGCAGGCAGAGAUUGUGAUCAGCGAUGGCGAGAAGAAGAAUAUUUUCAAGCAGCUUUUGCGCGGCAUCAACUAUUUGCACACCAAAAAAGUUAUUCACAGAGAUAUAAAGGGCUCCAACAUUUUGCUAGAUGAGAAGGGAGUGCUCAAGAUUACAGACUUUGGGCUUGCACGGCGUAUGAAGAACAUUAAUAGCAACGUCGAAUCGCCAAACUACACUAAUAGAGUCAUCACCUUGUGGUAUCGUCCGCCUGAAAUAUUAUUGGGAUCCACAGAUUAUGGACGGGAGGUGGACAUUUGGGGAAUUGGAUGUUUGCUGAUUGAGCUGUUCACACGACAUGCUAUAUUUCAAGGAACAGAUGAAGUUGAUCAGUUAUGGAAAGUGUACGAUAUCAUGGGAACGAUAACCACUGACGAGUGGCCAGAUUGCGAUAAAUUGCCGUGGUUUGAGAUGCUUAGACCGAACAGCCACAAACCAUCGCUGUUCCGAUCCAAGUUUGGGUCUCUUUUGAGCCCCCAGUGUUUUGACCUGGCUACCAAACUUUUGUCGAAAAACCCGAAAAAUCGAAUCAGCGCGUCUGAAGCUCUAAGACACCCAUAUUUUGUGGAGGAGCCACUAGAACAGAAAUUGCAAUUUUUGAGUAAGAUCGAGGGCGAAUGGCAUGAGUUUGAGGCAAAGAAAAAGCGCAAACUGUUGCGGGAGGCAAAACAAAAAGAGAUGACAAACGUGUCGGGCUAAAUUUGAGCGGUAAAGAUAUAUGGUCAGAUUUGGCCCCCUAAAAAGAUCCACCGCAUUUCUUGUAAAUCACCACCAUGAAAGUGACUCCUUUGCUUAUUCUAGGCCUUGGCCUCCAAAUUGUCAACUGCCAAGAGCCCAGCCAUGACCAUUCUGAUGCUACCAUAUACAGCGAGGAACAUUUUGGUCCGCAAUUUUCUCAGUGUGCUUCUCAAGUAUUUAGCGAUAUUGGUGAAUCAACAUUGGAUGAUGGUGACCAAAGUCGUUGUCAGUUGCACAGGGCCGUCUUUGAAAAAUGUUCUGGAACUUUGGAACACGCCGAUCCGAUGUACUACUCUGUUGCACGACUGUUGAAGGACCAUUCCUGUUGGGCGGGACAACCAGACUCUGCCGAAAUUGCCAUCGGCGAAAGACUUGUCAACCAUAUUGUGCGGAUCCUGAGUAAGGGAACACGGAGAGACUUGAGAGUGUUUUUCGAGACCACCGAGCUCAAUUUGCCAGGACGGUUGACCAAGCGUGGCAGCCCGUUCGAAUUCAUGAUCAGCGAGGAUAAAAAGUCCACGAAGAAGACUGAACAGAAGGGUGCUGAGGAUGAGGCCAAGGCUCGGGCGCUGGAGAGGUACAUCAAUCAACGCAUCGAAAAAGCCAAGGCAGAAAAAUCAAAGCAGCCUGAUGGCAAAGUGGUUGACCAGUCCAAGACUACUCAAGCGGAGAAAAAGCCCAAGCCAACAAGUCUUUCAAAACCUAAGAAACAGGGAAAGAACAACGGUAAGAAAGCCUCGCCUGAAGCUACCCUAACCAGUGUUGUACCGGAACCUAUCAAGACGGCCAAGCUGAAGGCAGAUAACGUUGAAGUUUCUGACCAAGGCAUCUUUGACAAAAUUCGCGACAAGAUCGAAAAGCACAAGGGCCAUUACGACGGCGAUGACUGCGAUGACGAAAGUGCUUCCCCUCCUGAGACCGUUGAGGUGACCACAACACAGGUUAAAAAAAAGGUGCACACAGAAACUGAAACGGAGACGGACUAUGACACCGAAACUGCAACAGACACUACAACAGUGUACAAGAUUACACAUCUUCCCACGACAAUGUACCAGUUUCUGACGAAGCAUAAGUGGGAAAUGCUCACCAAGACCGAGUACGAGUAUGUCACCGACACCGAGUACGACACAGUCACCAAAACCUGUCUCGAUAUAGAGACUACCACCGAAAGAGAACUGGACAUUGAGCGCACAACCAAGACGGUUGCGAAAAAGACAAUCACCAAGUACGACACAAACACGGAAACUACAACAGAGACGGAGAUUGAGUGUAAAACUACAACUAAGGAAAAGACCAAGACGGUGGCUACGACUGAGCUGGCUACCACAACACAGACUGCCACCACUACACAGACCACCACCAUCACCACCUCCAUCAC